AAGGGGUUUUGAAGAUUCUAUGCUUUCAAGUUUUCAGAAGCUUAAAGUUUUGGAAUUUACCUUGAUCAAUUUCUAGGGUUUACUCGGUGGAGCCUCCAUGAUUUCACGUCGGUGUAAAGUGUGAAAUCACUUUCUCUCUCUCUCUCUCUCUCUUAUAUAAAUACAAAAGACCGGCAAUUCCGGCGGCAGAUCUACACACUGACGGUGGUGUUGGUGGUGGUAAGUAAAUCUCUUUUUCCACAUUCAACGGAUCCCAAAGUCAAUUCAAUAUAUUCUACUAUAUAUCUUCUGUGUAAUUUUAGGAAAGUCGUCUCUCCCUCCCUCUCUCUGUAAUUGAUUAAAUUACCUAUUAUUAUUCUGAGCUGAGCUGCAUCUUCAUUGAUUAACCCUGCCUCUCUCUGUUCAUAUUUAAUUACGAGCAUCUAAUUAGCGCGUUUAAGUUGACAUUAACCCAUCACUAGUCUACUUAGGUCAUCAAUGUGUGUGUAUAAAUUAUAAUUAUCUCUCUCUCUUAGUCGCUAUCUCUCCCAUCUUCUUAUUAUUGAGAGUCCAAGUGACUUGUGUCUUGUGAUUGGAUCCAUUCAUCACAUGCCUCUGCUUCUCUUCUUUUAAUUGCUCUCACUAGUGUGUUCUUGUCAAAUUCUGUCAAGAUAUGAUUUUUUGAUCUCAUACUGAAUAGAGUGAAUACCAAGCUUGUAUCUAAUUAAGGAAAAUGGCCCGGCCACUCCAUCGAGGUGUUUCCGGUGGGGGAAGACUAUCGGGAAAUAUUCAAGAUUAUUUGGAAGACUCUCAAAUGAAGAUUAAAAGCGAUAAAGAAAACUCGGAUAAAAUUUCCAAAACAUCAUCUGAUCAUGUAUCUUUAUCUUUAAGAAAUCCAUUCCAAUUCCUGUUUUCAGAUAACUUGUCAUCCAAACAAGACUCCAUCGAAAAUGGAUUUGUACUUUCCGAUCCAUUUGCUCCUGCAAAUUCGAGAAACCGACAUAUGCUGACUCUGCUUCUUCUUAAGUUAAGUUUAGUUGUGAUUGUGAUCCUUGGUCUUAGUAUAUCGCUUUUGUGGACGCUUUCACUCACGCCGGCUUCUAGAAGUCCCGUGAUUCGUGGUUACAGACGGCUGCAAGAACAACUCGUGUCGGAUUUAUGGGACAUCGGUGAGCUGUCGCUUGGUACGACUAGGUUUAAAGAGUCUGAGUUUUGUCCUCUAGAAUUCGAAAAUUUCGUUCCUUGUUUCAAUGUUACCGAGAAUCUCGAGUUGGGUUUGACCGAAGGGAAAGAGUUUGACCGGCGAUGUGGGCCCAUGUCAAAACAGAAUUGUUUAAUUCUUGCUCCACCUAAGUACAAAAUUCCUCAUAGAUGGCCUACUGGAAGAGAUGUAAUCUGGAUUGAUAAUGUUAAAAUUACUGCACAGGAGGUACUUUCAUCUGGAAGCUUGACAAAAAGGAUGAUGAUGUUAGAUGAAGACCAAAUAUCAUUUAGUUUUGCAUCUUCUAUGGUAGACGAUAAUAUCGAAGAUUACUCUCAUCAAAUUGCAGAGAUGAUUGGUUUAAGAAACGAAUCAUAUCUCGUACAAGCUGGCGUGAGAACGGUAUUGGAUAUAGGCUGCGGUUAUGGUAGCUUAGGAGCACAUUUAUUUCCAAAACACCUUUUAACAAUGUGUAUCGCAAAUUACGAAUCUUCGGGUAGUCAAGUUGAGAUAGCACUUGAACGUGGUCUCCCUGCACUUGUCGGUUCUUUCGCUUCGAAACAGUUGCCGCUACCUUCACUUUCAUUUGACAUGAUACAUAGCGCAUGGGAUGGUGUUGAAUGGGAUAAAAAAGAUGGCAUAUAUUUGAUAGAGGUUGACCGAGUUUUGAGGCCCGGUGGAUACUUUGUCUGGACCUCACCGUUUGCUAACACGCCAGCUUCUGUUCGUGAUAAAGAAAACUUAAAAAAAUGGGAGUUUGUUCGUAAUAUUGCUAAAGAUUUGUGUUGGGAUUUAUUAUCACAACAAGAUAAAACAGUAGUGUGGAAAAAACCUAGCAAGAAAAAUUGUUAUGCUUCUAGGAAACACGGAUCAGGUCCUCUAAUUUGCAAAGAGGGACGUGAUGUUGAAUCGCCUUAUUACCAUCCACUUGAAGCAUGCAUAGGUGGGACCCGUAGCCGUAGAUGGAUUCCUAUUGAAGAAAGGGCCAGCUGGCCUUCUAGAGCUACCUUGAGCUCCAAGGAACUUGCGGUUCAUGGUGUACUUCCAGAUGAUUUUAUGGAAGACAAUAUUAACUGGAAGUCAACGGUUAGAGAUUACUGGUCUCUACUAUCCCCGCUAAUAUUUUCGGAUCACCCAAAGAGACCCGGUGAUGAGGACCCUAUUCCACCUAAUUACAUGGUCAGAAAUGUGUUGGACAUGAAUGCGCAUUUUGGUGGUUUCAAUUCUGCGUUAUUGGAUGCCAGAAAAUCUGUUUGGGUGAUGAAUGUGGUCCCCACUAGUGGGGUCAACCACCUUCCACUUAUCCUAGACAGGGGAUUCGUCGGUGUGUUACAUGAUUGGUGUGAAGCAUUUCCAACUUACCCAAGAACUUAUGAUAUGGUGCAUGCUGAUGGACUUUUAUCCCUUCAAUCCGUAAAGCAGUCUCGUUGCAGCAUGCUUGAUCUUUUUUAUGAAAUUGAUCGGUUACUCCGUCCAGAGGGUUGGGUGAUCCUGCGUGACACAACUUCUCUCAUCGAAUCAGCAAGAGCCAUCGCGUCUAAACUAAAAUGGGAAGCGCGAGUCGUGGAAAUUGAGAGUAACAAUGACGAAAAACUCCUUGUGUGCCAGAAACCGUUGAUAAGAAGCCAAGCAAAUUCAUUAUGAUUAUGAUACUAUUCAAUAUUAGUUUUUUCUUCUUGUUUGAGCAUUUUUAUCAUUCAUUCACCAAACAGAAAGAACUUUUGGGCAGAAAAAGAAAGCCUAAGGGAACUUAAAGUUGUUGGUGACAUUGAAGAGGAAAAAGGGUCUCUGCUGACGUGGAGGUAGGGCCCGGUGUAAUUACACAAAACGUAAAGGUGCGGGAUUCUUAUACUUGAAGCUAGCUUAUUGUAUUUUGUUUUCGUAAGUAUACGACUAUAUGAUUUUUAUUGGUUAUAAGAAUAAGGUGGUGUUGGUUGGUAUAUAUAAGAGGCUUGGAAGCAAGCAGAGACAAUAUUCUUUUGAUUUAUAAUUGCUUAAAUUCUAUUCUUUCACUAUUCUGCAUAAAUAUCACUGGUUUUGAGUU